AGUGGCAAUAUAGUAACAAAACAAGAACAAAAAUGGUAUGUUUUCUUCAAACUCCAUCACCCACUCGCACAUUUUCUUCCUUACUAUGAAAAACCCCUAAAAAUCCUAACUUGUUUCUCAGAUUCUCUUCUCUCUCUCAUCUCGUCUCUCAACUUCGCUCUCACCGCCGCUGCGAACUCAUUUCUAGGUCUUACCGGUCACCUUAUUACACCGUCGCUGUUGAUUCUCUCGAGUUUGAUACAGGGUUAAUUUGAUUGCGAGGACUGUAAUUUUUGGAAGCAGUGUAUGCAUUGUUGGAAAUAAAUGUAGCUUGAUCGUCAGUUUGCUAGGUCAUAAGAACUUGCUGUUGUCAGGUUUUGAAAUUUGGACUUUUGAUGGACUGCAAUAAAGAAGAGGCCUUAAGGGCCAAAAUUAUUGCUGAAAAGAAAAUGGAAAGCAAAGAUUUCAUAGGGGCUCGUACAAUUGCCCUUAAGGCUCAGAAACUAUAUCCUGAUCUGGAGAAUAUCGCUCAAUUGCUUGUUGUUUGUGAUGUGCAUUGCGCUGCUGAGCAGAAACCACUGAGUAAUGCUAAGGUGGUGGACUGGUAUAAAGUUCUACAAGUUGAUCGCAAUGAUAAUGAUGUAAUAAUUAAGAAGCAAUAUAGGAAGUUUGCUCUCCAGCUUCAUCCUGACAAAAACAAGUUUGCUGGUGCAGAAGCUGCAUUUAAGCUGAUUGGGGAGGCUCAAAGAGUUCUUUUGGAUAGAGAAAAACGAUCAUCACUUAACAUGAGCUUGAGCAGUUUUUCAAUGAACAGAACUGCCAUGCCAUCUCAUCAUCAACGGAAUGUUCCGGUGAAUUUUAAUACUGUGUUGCAAACUAAUGUCAGGCCCGUUUUCCCGAACUUAAAUCCUCAGCAGCAACAACAGUCUAGGCAGCCAACUCAGCAGGGAGUUAAUGGUGGUGUCCAGUCCCCUACAUUUUGGACUAUGUGCUCAUUUUGUUCGGUUAAGUUUGAGUAUUACAGGGCAGUUUUAAAUAGAUCUCUUCGCUGUCAACAGUGCAAUAAGCCCUUCAUUGCAUAUGAGAUGGAUCCACAAAGUACAAAACCGGCAACCAAUUCAAGUCAGAACCAGCAACCAGUUCAGCCGAACGAUACACCGAAUCAUGGUGCUUUUAAGUUUGGUGUUGGAUCUCAAAGUAAUGUCUUUGCUAAGCGGCCCAGAAAAGAAUCUCAUCAUAAGAAAGGCUCUACUUCAAAUGUCUCCGUGAAGCCAAAUGGAAAGAGAAAGAGAAAGAAUGUAGUAGAAUCCAGUGAAAGUUCUAUAGGCAGCACUGAUUCUGAAGAUGAUACACUUUCUAAUGACAAGGGUUUUCCGGGUGUUCCUACUUCUAGAGACGAGCGUCCACGUAGAUCGACACGGCAAAAACACCAGGUUUCCUACAAGGAGAAUAAUGGAAGUGACGAUGAUGCUGAGUUAAAGCAACCUUUAAAACAGGGUAAGGAGAGUGGUUCACCAUAUAGUGAUGGUGAAAAUAAUGAGGAAACUGAAAUGAAUGAUCAGAAUGGUUUGGCUGCUGGUCUUAAAGAUGGUAAGAAAGAGGCGAAAAAGAAGCAAAAAAUUUAUUCUGAAGAGAGCUCAGGAAAUAUAGAUGUGAAAAUUAAGGAGGUGGGAGGAAAAGAAACAGUGGGAAGCUCAAAGAUUGAUGAAGCUUCAGAGCAAUCAGACUCCAAAUCAUCAGAUCAUUCAGAUGGUUUUGUAGAUGGUUUUGUUUAUCCUGAUCCAGAGUUCAGUGACUUUGAUAAGGACAAAAAAGAGGAAUGUUUCGCUUCCGGGCAGAUUUGGGCUGUUUAUGAUGAUAUAGAUGCCAUGCCUAGAUUCUAUGCUAUAAUCAAAAAAGUUUUUUCUGCUGGAUUUAAGUUGCAGAUAACUUGGCUUGAGGCAGAUCCAAAUGACAAAGAUGAAUGCAAAUGGAUUGAGGAGAAACUGCCAAAUGCGUGUGGGAAGUAUAAACUUGGUAAGACUGUAACCAUUAAAGAUCAACCGAUGUUCUCUCAUCUGACUUUAUGUGAAAAGAUUGACCGCACUACUUUCAAAGUGUAUCCUAGGAAAGGAGAAACUUGGGCUCUUUUUAAGAACUGGGAUAUUAAGUGGUAUAUGGAUGCAAAAUCUCAUCAGAAGUAUGAUUUUGAAUUUGUUGAGAUCUUGUCGGAUUAUGUUGAAGGUGCGGGAGUAAUUGUUGCAUACUUGGCUAAGUUGAAAGGUUUUGUGAGCCUCUACUCUCGAAUUACGGAGGGACGUAAUUGCUCGUUUCAGAUUCCACCAGCUGAGUUGUUCAGAUUCUCUCACAGGGUUCCAUCUUUUAAAAUGACUGGUAAGGAAAGAGCAGACAUUCCUGUAGGAUCUUAUGAACUUGAUCCUAUAUCCUUGCCGAUGGAAGAGUUUGCUGCUACUGAUGACGUGGAAGUAAAGGUUGGAUCUACUGCCAAGGUUAAUUCGGACAGAAGCAAUUUGGUAGAGAAGAAGAAGGAUCCCGUUAAUCAUAUUGAUGAUGUUAGUGCUCCAUCAGCUUCGGUCGCAGAUUCUUUUGAAGUUCCAGACCCUUCGUUCUACCAAUUUGAUGAUGAGAGGUCCCAUGAAAAGUUUAUGGCUGGCCAGAUUUGGGCAUUUUAUGGCGAUGAGGAUGAACUUCCGAAAUAUUACGGUCAGAUUAAAGAGGUUAGGAGGAUUGACUCAACAAUUGAGUUGCAAGUAAUUUAUCUUACUGACUGCUGGCUACCUAAGAAAGUUGAUAAAUGGGAUGAUGAGGAUAUGAUCAUUUCCUGUGCAAGAUUUAAAGUCAAGCCAAAUGGUAAGGUCUGUACUUACCAUAACACCAAUUCUGUUUCACAUCAGGUGCAUGCAAGUCUCGAUGGAAAGAACAAGUACUGUGAAAUUUAUCCUCGGAAGGGUGAAAUUUGGGCAUUGUAUAGGGGAUGGACGACUAAACUCAAACGUUCUGAUUUGAAAAACUGUGAGUAUGACAUAGUGGAAGUUACUGAAGUCACUGAUUCGUGGAUAGAUGUUUUAUUUCUGGAGAAGGUAAGUGGUUACAGUUCAGUUUUUAAGUGCAAAUUAAGCAGCGGACGACAGAAGAUGUCCAUGACGAUCGAUAGGACCGAGCUGCUCAGGUUCUCCCACCAAAUACCUGCUUUCAAACUGACAGAAGAACAUGACAGCAAUCUGAAAGGCUUCUGGGAACUUGAUCCGGGUGCAAUACCAGUUCAUUAUCUUAGAAAGGAAUAAUGCAGCGUAAGUGGAGUGUUGCAAGAAGCCUUGUUUUAAUUUAUUAGUUUAAACUGUUUUAGCCAGGGAGCAAACAUUUGUCAAUAGGAUAUCAUUUUUUGGACCCAAAGGUUUUUUGUUAAACUAGGUUAAAACUAUUACUGUCUCUGUGUUAUGUAGCAGCCGCUGCGUAAUGUUAGAUCACACAACAGCACCUGUGACCUUGUUCUUUCACCUGACUGUUGAAGUAAGGAGCUUGUGCUGGUUUUAUGCUGUGUUUGAUACUUGUUUUGUAUAAUGUUUUGGUAUUUGGUUUUAUUAUUAAAAACGGUGCUCAUGUCAUGCUGGUUGUAGAAGAACACCAAUAGUUCCUAAGUUUUUUCUAUUUGUCA